GCGCGUUAAUUUCUCAGGGAGAUUAAAAACUAACAAAAAAACUCUUAUCGCUCAGAAAUCUUCUUAGUGGUAAUACAAUAAGUAAAAUAUUUUGUUGUCAUUUAAAAAGUCAGCACAUUUUGAAAGCCGCCGUUUUAAUUUUUUAUUCCAAAAAACGUGAGAUUUGGUCCUCAUUUUUGACGUAAACCGACGUAAAUUACAGGUACUGGAUGACGCAGCACGCUCUGUGACGUGAGCGAUACCUCCAAUUGUCACGCUGAGCUCAUCUGAGUGUCACCAGGACAUUUUAGAACGGCUUCAUCUGUCACUUUUUACACAUUUUACAGGCUGCAGAAACACGCUGGCACCUCAUACUAUGGGAGAUAUUGGACUCAUAGAAAGCAUCACUCUGAAGAAUUUCAUGUGUCACCAUUUCCAUGGUCCAUUCCAGCUUGGGCCCCAUGUGAAUUUCAUUGUUGGUAACAAUGGAAGUAGGAACAGUACGAUCCUGACUGCUCUGAUCGUCCGGGCCAACAUCACAAACAGAGGAGCGUCGAUCAAGGUUUUUGUGAAGACUGAUGAAAAUGCUGCAGAUAUAACCAUCAAUCUAAGAAACAGAGGACCAGAUUCUUAUGAAAAGAACCUAUAUGGCAACUGCAUCUCUAUCAAGCAUUGAAUUUUUUAUUUUGUGCCUAAAUGUUGUUUUCUGUCUUGUAUUUUAGGACAACUCAUCUCCAAUAAAAAGGAGGAGUUGACGGCCAUCUUGGACCACUUCAACAUCCUGGUAUUUGCUAUCAAACUUGGUAAAGCAACUCUGCUGGAACAGAUGAAGAUGGAUUACAUCCACGUCAAGCAAACUCAAUCCAUCACACGACAGCAGGUUGAAGAACAGGAGGAGUGUUUGAAAGACCUAAAGCAGGUCUUUCUGCAGAAGAAAGAGAGGUAUGAAAACUUGCCAUCCUUCAGUGAAAUGAAGGCCGAUCUGGAGAAGCUGAAGAAAGCAAUGGUGCGGUGUUUCGUCAGAGAGAAGGAGAAGUUUGUACAGCAGUUGAAGGAGGAUAUAUAAAAGGAGGAGAACAACCGCAAACAUCAGAGCAACCUUCAGCUCUGUCAGUUUCUGUUUGAGAUAAAAAUGUAUCCUGACCGUCACAGUGUGUUGGAGUCAGAGCUGGAGAAUCAGCAGGCUCAGCUGUCCACGUUUCAGCUCCAAGCAACCUGUGUGUGUGACAACAUCUUGAGCAUGGAGAACACACUGAACAGCUCCAUCAUGACCCUGAAGAGGACUCUGGCUUCUGUGAAUCAAAUCAGAGCAACAAUAAUCGAGCUGGAGUCUGCCAGGGACGAGCAAAUUGAUGACAUCAGCUCCUUGGAGAAAGUUGCCCAAGAGAACCGUCAGAAGAUGCAGGCAGAGAAGCUGGCUGUUUAUGUAGCAAUAAUGGAGCAGGACAAGUGGUGAAAAAGGUUAGAGGACAAGGAGUCAGAGUACUUUUCUAUGAAGAAUCAGAUUGAUCAGCUUCCUGAAGACACAGAGCCUUUAAAGAAUGAGCGAGAGAAGCUGGAGAUCAAGUGUGCAAAACAUGAGCCUAACCUUCAGCAUUUAGAGAACCAACUGAAGGCUCAUUUAGACAACAUCUGAGCUAUGAAAAUGGACCUUGCCCAAAAAGAAGAAGAGUUACAGGAAUGCGUGGUCAAAGUCUCAGAGAUCAGCCCUGAGAGGCAGCAGGUGACCGGCAGCACUGAGAGCAUCGACACAGAAAUCCCUCGACUGAAGAAGAAAAUCAAAGUGUGGGAGAGCUGCCACGGAGAGCAGGAGCAAGUGGUCAGGGAGUACGCUGAGGCCCUCGCUCUCUACAGACUGAAAACAAACCAAGUGAGAGAUCUGUGAAAGUUCAUCGAUGAUGUCAGUAACAUCAUGUCAGACAGGAACAACAGGUACAGAGUCAGGCAGAGGUCCUUCUCCAGCAGAUGCAAGUUAUACUUCAAUAACUUUCUGAUCAAGAUGAACUGCUGCGGCUCCACCAUCUUUGGUCACAGCAAGGAGACGCUCUCAAUCUCAGUUAGGCCUCCGGGCAGAGAGGAUGAUGAUAUGAGUGACACGAGGGCGCUGUCAGGCGGUGAGUGCUCCUUCUCCACUCUUUGCUUCAUGCUCUCCCUGUGGGAGAUCACAGAGUCGGCCUUCAGAUGUCUCGAUGAGUUCGACAUCUGCAUGGAUAUGCACUAUUGAAGGAUUGGUCUGGAUCUCCUGCUGGAGUUGUCGCAGCGGCAGCAGCUCCAACAGUUUAUCCUCAUCACUCCACUUAAUGUUUGUCUUUCUACCUCCAAAUCAACAUUUAUCAAUCUAUCAAAAAUCCACCAGCUUCAGGAUCCAGAAAGAGUUCAGAGCGAAAGUGAGGAUGAGGAUGUUUGAAGUGAGCUCCAGAGACUGAAACAUAAGGAAUGUUUAUGUGCAUAUUAAUAUUUAAUUAAUUAUAGUUUUUGUGUCUUUCACUUUUAUGUUUCUGGACUCUCUGGGACGUCAGAGUUAAUUAGUUCAUCAGUAUAUAUGUUUGUCCAGUAUGUAGCAGUGACUAUAAGCCUCUAGCUAGACUGUCAUUCUUGGUAUUAGUAUUUUGAAUAUUUGUCAUUCAUUAUAAACAUUUUGGGCGUGCAGUUCCUUGGAUUUUGUUAGUUUUGGACCGGUGAAGUACAGGUAUUUACCCGUGUCUCAUUCUUGGCCUCUGCUUGCAUGAUAACCUGCUGCAGAGUGGAGUCUAGAUCAGAGAGGGUGUGAUCUGGAAAGACAGGUCUAAUUACGGCCACAACGCUAAAACAGAAAAUCACCAGAGAAUCAUUUAGCUUAUUUUGAGUUCUCAAACAAAUGUUGUGAAUAGUUCAGAUGUUAAAAGCAGCACAGGAGGUUGGUUGUGUUGAAGGUUGUGCGAUCUUUUCUUGCACAUUCAUAGCUAGAUUGCAGUCUUUAAAUUGUGUUGUUUGUGUUCUGAAAGCGACAUGUCUUCCACUGAAGGUCAGCCUUUUUAACUUAUAUGUGCUCGAAUGGAAUACUUAAACAACUAUUUAUUGAAAUGCUGUUUACCACCUGAGUUAUUUUCCUUCUAUCUUUCUGAAAUGGAUGGAAUCUUUAAAUAUGUUGUACUGAAACGUGUUAGCAGCUUUACCUCAGGAACUCGGUACCAGACAGAAACAGCUUCACUCUGCAAACAUGACUCGACUUGACAGUGUUAGUAUUCCCACAAAAGACAAUUUAUUGGUAAAGUUGACUUGAGUGACUCAAACUGAUCGUCUUUGAUCUCUGUGACACAAACAUUAGCUCUGUUUAGUCCUCUCCCUUUUUAAAACCACACCACACCACAGCAAUUAUGUAUCUGGUGUUGCUGCAAAACCAUCGUUACAAUACACCUCUUUGA